CUUCUGCUGCUCCUUUUGACCAUGGUGCAGUGCAUCGCCGGCACGCCCAUCGCUCCUGCCACCCCCGACGGUGCCACGCCCAUCGACGCCCGUGUCUCGGCCGCUGAUUUUGGAGCCCAGGACGCCUUCGAUGCCGUCGACAGCUCUGCUGAAGCCACGCAAUCGCAGGCCAGCGAGGCCGGGUUCAAGAUCUCUUUGCUGCCGACUCCGGUGAAGACGGCCGAAUCGGUGAAUCUGGAGCAGGAGGCCAUUCCCUCGAAGGUGCUGAGCGUGUACGACAACAGCCAGAAGAAGCUGGCCGAUCUGGCCCAGCCCAUUCCCAUUUUGGACUCGAUCAGUGAGCACGAAAAGUACGGCAACAAUGGCGACAUGUUCGACGGCAUCUCGCGAUCCAUUGUCAACGGUUACGAGGCCUUCUCCAACCUGCUCAACACCUUCAUUCAGAAACCUAAAGAGUUGGCGCGCAGCGUGACGAAGGGAAUUACCGCCCAAUUGGAUAUCAUCGGUGGCAAGUUGGUGGGCCUCUAACGGUAUUACACCACCCACUUGAACUGCUUUUUGAUUGUAAUUUUAAUAAAUACUUUAAUUUAUUUGUAACUUAACACGAACAUGUUGUGUAGGAAUGUAUUUCGACAUAAAUAUAAAUAUAUGUAUGUAUAAAUAAAAUAAUCAUACUCAUAGUAGUAAUAAUAUUUGUUUUAACUAUCUGCUCCCUCUUUCUCCUCUUUGUCUUCGUCUUCUGGGUUUUGUUGCUUUGCGGGCAGUUGCGGUUUCUGCUAUCUCGAAUACUACAUAGUUCCAUAAAAUAACAUAAGUUUAAAUGUAUAAUUAUGUAUAAACAUAUAGUUGAUAUAUUGCUUUAGUUAAAGGGUUACGAGCAUAAUUGGGCCUAAAUACCCUUUUGACACUAUGUUUUGUGUACUUUUGGCGGAUUUUAACUGCUUGCCUGAUAAGUAUUGUACGCACUGUACCCGGUUUUAUGUGUGUUCAGGCCAUAAACUAUACUACUA